UGGAGCUUAUCCCUGAGAUACAGUGGCUGGAAUACACUCUGAAUUGAAGUCCAUGUAUUUUGUGAGGAAGGAAGAAACCGAAGAACAAGGAGGAAACGUGAAACACCCACACAGACAGUGUCCGUCUCUGCACCUUCCAUUCUCUCAGGUGGUCACCGUCUCUUAGAGCAUAAUCAGAGACUUAAAUAGCUUCGCUGAAGGACCCACGACCGAAGAUCUGAAGUGGUUCCUCUCUCCAAAAAUAGAGCUGAUGAGCUGCUACGCUUUAAUUAAUACAUUUUUUUUACUAAAUAAGGAAUUGGAGUUAUUUUUGUAAUCUUGUAUUGAACAUCAUCAGUCGUGCACUCUAUCAUGUAUGUGUUUGGAUUAGAACAGUGUGUUGUUGGGUAGUUAAUGGGAGGUGGUUUAAAGAUAGUGUGUGUGUGUGUGUAUAUAUGUCUGUGUGGUAUUAGGUCCUGCCCUCACCCACACCUCCAAACACCACCUUAUUUAUUUGAUAGAAAUUAAGGAAAUUAUGUUUCUCUUGCGCACACACACACAAACACACACCGGGGACGUCCCUGCUGAAACCACAUCUUCCUCUCUCCUACUGUCCUUUUCACACACACACACACACACACACACACACACACACACACACACACACGCACACACACACAGCCAACAUGUGCCUUUCAGCAGCUCUCCUUCUGCUGACUCUGUGCGGUCCUGCUGUUAGUCAGUUUCUGUCCAUUUUCAACAUGGCAGGAAUCACUGGUUCGGUCAGGUUUGAUUCCAUACAACAGACAGCCACCGUAAACUUGAGCGGUCCUGGCACAGGAACGUGUGACACCUUCAAUCUGACACUCACAGAGUUCCCUGUCAUGUACGGUCACGUGGCCCAGCCCUGCCAGAAAGCCCAGAUAGGAGCGCGUGUGUUCACGUUUUCGAUUAACACCUCCAUUACUGUGGUGAACGUCUCCCGUGUAUUCCAGCAAACACCCAAUCUGGAAGCACGCUCUUUACUUGUAGAGACAUGCAAUGGCAAGAAGGCUUGCUCAGGUGUCAUAGCGGAGUCGCAGGUCACCACUUAUCAUGCUCGGUUCUUUAGUGUUGUGGCUGGUAAUAUCUACCUCCGACAGACGUCAGGGCAACCCCAAGCCACACUUCUCUCCGACCUGGUCAAUCUAAAUCAGAAUAACUUUUCCUCCUUUGCUAAUGUGAGUGUUUUUCUGUCUCAGAGCUCUGCUGCUAGCUGUGAAGAAUUGCUGGGCAGACUGAACCCAAAUAGUUUGAUAAACCUGGGUCAGCUGAUGGUAGGCACUCCUCUCAACCUUGUCAAAUCUCGUUUAGAAAUCCCGUCUCUCAAUCUUGGAUUUAACUUUGCUCUGUUGAAACUUGGCUCAGAGUAUACUUGUGCUAAUAUCCGAACCCUAGAACCGAAGGAAGUCCACGCCCUGAUAGACAUGAGAGGCGUAAAAGGUUAUAUUUUUUUUCGCCAGGAGUCUCCCUUUGAGCCUACAACUCUUUCUGUGACCCUCGCCAACUUGAACAGAAGGGUUGGGCCAUACCACAUUCAUAUGUUUCCCACUCCGCAGAUGAGGUCUCCCCCUGAGAGCACCUGCAGCAAUGAUAAUGUUGGAGGUCACUUGAACCCCUUUGAUGUGGAUACUCAGCCGCCUGUGUAUCCUCCACCUGCUGGCUCAACUCAUGACUACUAUGAAAUUGGAGACCUCAGUUCGAGACAUGGAUCUUUAAGUAACGCAGAUAACAUCCAGGCGAACUUCACUGACUGGAAUCUGCCACUAUUCGGACAGAACAGCAUUGUUGGUCGUUCUGUGGUUCUGCAUCAGCCUAAUGGUACAAGAUUUAUCUGCUCAAGCAUUGACUACCCAGGGAACGUGAUCACAGCCAGAGCAAUCUUUCAGGGCCCAGUGAUAGGAACUAUUCUCUUCACCCAGUUGAUUGGAAACCCAUUCUCAGAUAUCUCUGUGUUCCUAGACUUGUCUUACGGACGACCAGAUUCUCCUGCAACUCAAAAACACCACUGGCACAUUCAUAACUUCCCCAUCAGCACAGAGUCAGACAGUGAUAAUGAUUGCUGUUGGUCCACUGGGGGACACUGGAACCCCUACAAUAUCAACACCAGCUUAAGCAGCUAUAAAAUAAACUGUAGACCAGAAUGUCCAUUCGCUUGUGAAAUUGGAGACCUGUCUGGCAAACACAAGAUUAUGAAUUUGUCAGCAAAUGUCAGCAAACUACCAAGCAAGAACUUCUUCACGGAUACUACAGCCUGGAUGUCUGGACUGAGCAGCAUGAUUGGUCGGUCUGUCGUGAUCCAUGGCCCUGACGAGGCUGGCCAUCGCAUUGCCUGUGCAAAUAUCACACUCCUGCGCUUCCCUUCGGCUCAGACCAGAUCCUGGCAAGGGUCCGGAUCAUCCGUUGGAAACGUCCACUUCUUACAGCACUCUCCCCAGGGGCCAACUAACAUCCAUGUCUCUCUGUCCAGCCUGGAGGCCAAAGCUGGUGGAUACCAUGUCCAUCUUCUCCCAGUAAAGAGUGGACCAGAUGCCUGCUCUAACGAAAAUGUGAUGGGCCACUUCAACCCAUAUAACGUGAAUAUCUCAACGUCUCCAUCAGCAGCGAAUGGAACAGUCGAUCAGUAUGAGAUCGGCGAUAUCAGCGGGAAGUUCGGGAGUCUAAAUGAUCAGACCAAAUUCGAGAACCAUUAUAAGGACUGCAACAUGCCGUUGGGUGGACCAAACAGUAUUGUAGGACGGUCCCUGGUUAUCCACUACAGGAAUGGAUCGAGGAUGCAGUGUGCCGACAUCGCAGCCAUGAACUCCUCGGACGGGUACUGGGUUACCGCCAAGGCCAUAUUCAACAGCACUGUGAAGGGAACAGUAAUCAUGUCGCAGCAGUGUUUUCCUGAUGGCAGCUUCGGUGAUGUGACCCUGUUGGUGGACCUCAAGGCAUCUGUUAAUGUCACAAAUGCGUCCUGGUACAUAUCCAAAAGUCCUGUCAAUGGAACAGUGGUUGGGUGUCCAGGAAAUGGGGACAUUUAUAACCCUUUCAAUAUGACAACUCAGAGCUCAAAUUGUUCCCCAUUCACCUGUUUGGCUUGCGUGGUUGGAGAUCUGACCAGUAAACACGGCCCGGUCAGUUUAAACCUGAGGCAACUCUUCACAGAUGCGCAUCUUCACCUGGCUGGAGACUACACAGUCAUUUACAGGUCACUAGUCCUCAGGGCAGGAAAUGAGAUCAUCGAUUGUGCAGCCAUCGUUCCCGGGUCGCCAUCGGCGCAGCAAAUCUUCCCGAGUGUGCCGUCGUUCAGCAGGUAUGAUUUUCGUGCAAGGGUGGCAGACGUUCUGGAGGUCCAAGUGUCCCGGGUGUCCAUCUUACCCGGUGCCUUCUCAACCGUGGCAGAAGGGAAGUGCCAGCAAGUCACGUUUAUGGUCUCAGGGGACAUCAGUUUGAAGAAGCUAUCUGCUGUAAAGGACAGCGAGAAGAUGGGCAUGUACAGGCAGACUGAAUGGUGUACAAAAAGUGGCGUUCCAGGACUUCUUUCAUCACACAUCUUCCUUGCCGCCGUUUACCUUCUGCACUCUCUGGUCGUGCGCUGGACGUCUCAGUGAGGUCACGCUACUGAAUUUACAGCUACAGGAACCCUGCUUGACUCGAUUGCACUGAUUGAAUGUCAAAGAGUUUAAACCACUUGAAAUCAACUGCUGUAAAGAAUAUUAGAUUUAGAGAAAAAUUAAGUUUUGUUAUUUUUCACUUUUCACUGUUACAAUUAACUGUAUAUUUGCUGGAAAUGGUUUACUGUUUGUGUUUUUUAUUUCUACACUCAUGUGAUUGUAUAUUUUGUGUUCCCAAAGAAAACUAAUCAGCCCCAGUGCAUCCUUCAUUUUGCAUUAAAAAGUAAGAAAUGUGUGUUGAAUGUAGAAUUGAAUUGAACACGCUUUGUAUGUUGUAACUAUGCUGACUAUGUGGAUGUCAAGUCUUAAAGUCGAAUUAAAACCAAAUAUUUGAAACAAA